AGUACGCAUGCCCAGCAACGCCUGGGCCUGGGUGAGUUGCUAAGCCUGGUGGGCAGGUGUUGAUUCUUUUCCGUCACCCCCACCCCACGGUGCCGCGAAACUGAGGCCACUCCGGGCAGCUACUAAGUAUCUGAGGAAGGAUUUGCACUCGGGUCUUCUGGACUUCAAGCCCAGCUCAAAACCACAAAACAAAACAGCCCAGGGUGGCAUGCAUUGAUCGCACAAGCAUGAACUUCAACAUGACCUUGUGCAGAACUGAUUGAGGGCUGCCUGCUGCAGUGCGUUGAGCCCAGUGUCUCUGUGAAUUCAAGACAUUAAAAAUGAAGAAGUGACUUGAUUGGUUCCUCCUUUUCCCUUCAGCUCCUGUGUUUGGUGGCCAGGGCCUCUGCCGAUGAGUAACCAUGUGAGAUCGGUGAGAUUCAGGGAUGUGGCCGUGGACUUCACGCCAGAGGAGUGGGGAUGCCUGGCCCCAUCUCAGAAGGAGCUGUACAGGGAUGUGAUGCUGGAGAACUAUUGGAACCUGGCCUGUCUGGGACUUGCCAUUUCCAAACCUGCUGUGAUCUGUCAGCUGGAGCAAGGGGCAGCACCAUGGAUGCCCGAGGGAGACGCCCCAGGACACUAUUGUCUUGAUUGGGAAUUGAGGCCUGGAAUCACACACUCUGCUCCAGAGUUGGACGUUUCCAUGGAACUGUCAUUGCAGAAAAGUCUCAGAAGGAAGGAUGUCUUCAUCUCCAACUUGGGAGAAUCCCAGGAAUGUGAUGCUAGGCCAGGGAAGCAGCUGAGCAGGGAAGAGAAACAGUCUCGAUCUUGUCUUGGGGAGAAGGAUUAUGAAUGUCAUGAAUGUGGUAAUGUCUUUCCUCGGAGGGCAGCCUUAACUCGGCACCUGAGGAUUCAUACUGGAGAGAAGCCUUAUGAAUGUCGUGAAUGUGGAAAGGCCUUCCGUGUGAGUGGCAUGCUUACUAUACAUAAGAGGAUUCACACUGGAGAGAAGCCUUAUAAGUGUAGUGAGUGUGGGAAAGCUUUCCGUGUGAGUGAACAUCUUGCCCAACAUCAGAUACUUCACACUGGAGAGAAGCCUUAUAAAUGUCAUGAAUGUGAGAAGGCCUUCUACCGGAGCACAGAGCUUACUCGACAUCAGAGAAUUCACACUGGAGAGAAACCUUAUGAAUGCAAUGAAUGUGGAGGGACCUUCCGCUGGAGGGCAGCUCUCACUCAACAUCAGACAAUUCACACUGGAGAGAAACCUUAUGAAUGCCAUGACUGUGGCAAGGCCUUCAGGCGGAGCACAGAUUUUACUCGUCAUCAGAGGAUUCACACUGGAGAAAAGCCUUAUGAAUGCCUUAAUUGUGGAAGGGCCUUUAGCAGGGGUACAGAGCUUACUCGACACCAGACAAUUCAUACUGGAGAGAAACCUUAUGAAUGCAAUGAAUGUGGGAAGACUUUCCGCUGGAGGGCAGCUCUCACUCAACAUCAGACAAUUCACACUGGAGAGAAACCAUAUGAAUGUCAUGAAUGUGGAAAGGUCUUCCGCCUGAAGAUACAGUUUUCCCGACAUAAGCGAAUCCAUACUGGAGAGAAGCCUUAUGAAUGUGAUGACUGUGGAAAGACCUUCCGCCGGAGGUCACAGCUUACUCAACAUCAGAGAAUUCACACUGGAGAAAAACCUUAUAAAUGUCAUGAAUGUGGGAAGGCCUUUUGCUGGCGAACAGAACUUACUCGACAUCAGAGAAUUCAUACAGGAGAGAAACCUUAUGAAUGUCGUGAAUGUGGGAAGGCCUUUCGUGAGAGUGGGACCCUUACUGUUCACCAGAGAAUUCACACUGGAGAGAAACCUUACAAAUGUAAUGAAUGUGGGAAGGCUUUCUGUGUGAGUGGAAAGCUUACCCGGCACCAGAGAAUUCAUACUGGAGAGAAACCUUAUGAGUGUCAUGAAUGCCACAAGGCUUUUCCCCAAAGGGAAGAACUUAUUCGACAUCAGAGAAUUCAUACUGCAGAGAAAACAUAUCAAUUAAUCAGUCAAUCAGCAAGCAUUUAUUAAUCACUUUCUAUGUUCCAGGUACUGUGCUAGGUGCCAAGGAUACAAAUUCCAAAUAAA